GUCGCGCUCCGAGCCCGUUAUUUACUGUCCCGAAGUUGAAGCGGAACCUGACGCAGAUCAGCUGAUGGAGGUUCUCUGCUGGGCGUGCAGCUCCUCUCUCCAUCCUUCCCCUCUGCAGGUGAAUCGUUCCUCACAUGUUCGUCUCUGCCCUGCUGCGCUCUUCUUUGCCCGGGCUUCGUCUUCAUCCGAAGUCAUGUCCCCCCUGACGCUCAGAUGUUGGUGAAAGGACGCGCAUGCGUUGAUUUAUUUUGGAAUACUAAUUUUGCCUCCUAAGUUGCGUCCCUGCGCGUAUCCGAUGUGGAAGCCGCUGGCAGCAUCAGAGUUGCCAGCGAUGUGGAUUACAGUCUGCAGCGUGUCUCUGCUCAUCACUGUGGUCUGCGGUGCGCAAAGCGCAAACGAACCCAGCAACAUGUCCUACGUGAAAGCGACUGUUGACAAGUUGCUGAAGGGCUAUGACAUCCGUCUGCGGCCUGAUUUUGGAGGAGCCCCGGUGGAUGUGGGAAUGAGCAUAGACAUCGCCAGCAUUGACAUGGUGUCUGAAGUCAACAUGGACUACACCAUCACCAUGUAUUUCCAGCAGUCUUGGAGAGAUAAGCGGCUAUCCUAUACAGGCAUUCCCCUAAACCUGACCCUGGACAACCGGGUGGCUGACCAGCUCUGGGUUCCUGACACCUACUUUAUUAAUGACAAGAAGUCUUUUGUCCAUGGGGUGACGGUCAAGAACAGGAUGAUCCGACUACACCCUGAUGGAACUGUGCUUUACGGCCUCAGGAUCACCACGACAGCCGCCUGCAUGAUGGACCUUCGCAGAUACCCACUGGAUGAGCAGAACUGCACCUUGGAGAUCGAGAGCUAUGGAUACACUACAGACGACAUUGAGUUUUACUGGCAGGGAGGAAGUAAUGCUGGGUCAGUCACUGGAGUGGAGAACAUCGAGCUGCCUCAGUUUUCCAUCAUUGAUUACCAAACCCUGUCCAAGAAAGCCGUGUUUGCCACAGGUUCGUAUCCACGACUGUCACUGAGUUUUAAACUCAAGAGGAAUAUUGGCUAUUUCAUUCUGCAGACUUACAUGCCAUCCAUUCUGAUCACCAUCUUGUCCUGGGUCUCCUUCUGGAUAAAUUACGAUGCGUCGGCUGCCAGAGUGGCUUUAGGUAUAACCACGGUGCUGACCAUGACCACCAUUAACACCCACCUGAGGGAGACCCUGCCAAAGAUCCCCUACGUCAAGGCCAUUGAUAUUUACCUCAUGGGCUGCUUUGUCUUUGUGUUUCUGGCCCUGCUGGAGUAUGCCUUCGUUAACUACAUCUUUUUUGGCCGUGGUCCUCACCUACAGAAGAAAGCAGCGGAAAAGGCUGCUAAGUCCAACAAUGAGAAUAAGGGCCGACUGGAGAGCAGUAAAGUGCAGGUCGACGCUCAUGGCAACAUCCUCCUGACGAACCUCCCCACUGAGAUGGGAGGACCGGAUAUGAUGGGCGCUCUUAACGAUCCCCGGGCCACCAUGUUCUCCUACGACAGCGCCAGCAUACAGUACCGCAAGCCCAUGACGAGCCGGGACCUCUACGGACGGCCAGCCCUCGACCGGCCAAUCGGACACAAGAAAAGCCGCCUGCGGAGGAGAGCCUCACAGCUGAAAGUCAAGAUCCCGGAUCUCACAGACGUCAACGCCAUAGACAAGUGGUCCCGGGUCAUCUUCCCGAUCACAUUCACCUUCUUCAACUUGGUCUACUGGCUGUAUUACGUCCACUAGGACACCAGUUGUGAGCAUGAGCGGUAGCUGAUGGGUACUUUUUUUUUUCUUUCAAUGGAAGCUCAAUCCUGUACAGUAAUGAAAGUAGAAGAGUUCAGCCCAUUUGUACAAAUCCUCUUUUGGAACGAGUAGUUCUAGUCUUUACAGUGUAAAUACAAUUUAAUAUAUAAAAUAUAUAAAUCAAUAUAUAUAAAGACAGAGAUAUAAUUUAUUUAAAAAAAUUCAAUUUUGCUGUGUACAUACAGUUAGUUAGAGAGAAAGAAGUAGUGGUGAAUUAAAGACAGGAAAGUUUUGGUAUUUACAGAUUCAAAGAUGCCAAAAACACAUUGGUGGCUUUUGUUUGUCUUCUUUUUCUUUUAGCCCUUCUUUUGCAUGUUAAUAGAAAUCAACUUUUGUUUGCUUACAAUGCAAAAAACAAAAUAGAGACCGAACAUCAACACAAGGUAAGUCAAACAGGAUUAAACUCAAGCUGAGUAAGGUUAUUGUGGGAAAAGAGGGACAAAACAAAAGACUGAUGCAGAGACAGAUUAAAUUUUCCAUCCACUCUUGCAUACUUACUACUUCCAUACAUCUGUACAGGUAACCAACCAACCCAUCAAUUUCUCUCUCUCUUCUUAUAAAAUCAAUGUGUUGCCAAGUCAGAAGGGAAAUAUGAUCCUUUCACAUCUGUUUCCGCCUCCCAGUGGGCUGUACCUGGAAAGCCUUCCAGCCAAGGCCUCAUGAUCAGAAGAUCUUAUCCUUUAGGACAUGAUCUGUAACUAAUGACCAAAAGUGAAGGUUGGAAGAUGGACCAGUAAAUGCAAAGCUUAGCCUGAGGCCCAGCUCAGUUUGGUCUUCACCAUGAUAGACAGCAACACCUUCAUUACUCCAGGCAAAGGCUAAUCCAUCUGUUCAUUUCCUGCUCCACCUUGCCAUCAUCGCUCCAUCUUGCCAUCAUCUGGGACAAAGCACCAAUAUACUUCCUGAGUUCCUAGACCCAGAAUCACUGGGGUCCCUCCAUAACGUUAAAGUGGUUCUGCUGAAGAAAUUUUGUUUUUGAUCGAGUGCUCACUGGUCUCUGACCUUUUUGUUGUUUGUAGAAAACUGAUGCACAUUGGAGAUUAACUAGAAAUGUUAAACCUGCUAAAAUUAGGCUUUAUUAUUCAUAAAUGCUGGCAAUAGAUGCAAGUCUGGUAUCUCACCUGACCACAUGCUGAAUCAGCUCUUCAUCAGAGAACAAUCUGAAUCAAACCUGUCAGAUAUGUUAAAGUUACACAUUGAACCAGACUCCAGGAUUCAGAGUACAAAUGGAUUUAAUAACUCUGGUGCUGUUAUUUGAAACUUAAACGUCAGCUAACUUUUUGAUCCCAUCUAGAUAGCUUUGGACCGUUUGUGCAUUAAACAUCAUUUAAGCUGCAGCUGUAGAAGGUUUCCCAGCUCGGGUUUAUCCCAGCCUAGAUGAUGUCUCAGUAAAGAUCUGUUGUACUUUUGCCUCUCUUUCUCCUUGCCUUGUGUUUAUAGAGAUGGUAGAGCUAAGUUUCAUUUUAUUUUCAAAAUGGAAACUUUUUUUCAUUUUGCCGCUAUUUAAAGAUUUCACAAGCAGAAAUAUUGAUAUAUUGGAAAACUGGUGCUUAUAUUUUCUACUGCACAAGUCCCACAAAUUUUUAUGGAAGGUAUCAAGUCAUCUGGCUUUUUCAGUAGGAAAGACCUCUUUUGGCAUUUAGAACUGCUUCAUAUGACUGGAUUUCACUGCAGAGAGAAACGAUUAAUUUUGCUCAUCUACAAAGACAAACACCUCCUUUGGAAAAAGUUCUCUGGAAUUUAUCUAUGAACUCUUUUAAUCUGGUUAUGCUCCUAUAUUUUAGUGCAUUUGUGGAUAUAUAAUAGAUUUUUAUCUUCAAAAAAUUUUAGAUGAUAAAAAUAAUGUAACUUAGAGCAGCAAAUUCCAAACUAUGCAUUUUUUCCCCUCAUUAAUUUUACACUUCUUAACAAAACAGUUUAGCACCCAGGGAGUGGUGGAAAUUAAAUUAACUGUUAUAUUGCUGUAUCUCUUGCAGGGUGUGGACCUCCUUUAGGCUUGGAUCUAAGGCUUGAUAUAGACACUGUGUUUUCUGCUGCAGUAGGGUGGUCCACAUCUUUGCUUUGGCACUAAUUCUCAGCUGAUUCCAUAUAUGCUUGCUGGAUUGCAGAAUAUGAUACAACUCGACUUCAAGCCUUACCUCUUGGUUAUUGCACCACAAGAAAUGCAGCCAUCUUUGCUCUGAGAUAUUUUGCCAUAAGACAACACAAGGUGUUGUAAAGACUGAUUCCAAAGAGGUCGUUGUAAUGUUUGGAGCACAAUAAAGUGAUCCUCAUUAUGAUUAGUCUUGGAUGACUGGAACCUUGAUUUGCUGUAGCCCAUUAGUUCAAACAUUUGAUUGCUGAAAGGUCUGGAUUUGGUCGAGUAGAUUGUGGGCCUCUGGGCUACACAGUUACAAUAGUUUGACAGUUUUCAUGUGUUUGGAAUUGAGGGUUAGGUUAGAGUCAGUGAUGUGACAGCAUUGUCUUAAAAUAGUUGCCCAUUACCUAUCUAUAUAAAAAUUCAACUGGUGAAAAUCACUUCAUUUGAUAUGAGCUUAGAAGUUAAAAUUCAGUGUUUUCAAAAAAUAUGUUAAAUAACACCCACCUUUUUUAAAUAAGAAAAGGUGGGUGUAAAUCUUGGGAUGCUUUGCUAAUGCAUCUGUUGGCUCCUUUUUUAUUAUCCAGCUCAGUCUGUACCAUUCACAUGCUGGUACUCUACAUGCUAUGGUUGCCUAAACUCAUGCAAACAAACAAUGCAAGCGCUUUUAAAAUUCAUCCAGUUAAAAUACAGCAGACUCUGUUUCUUCACCUUCUCUCUUUGUUCUGACUGUCAUAUGCUCUGGUUAGUGCCAGAUGCCAGCACUUACACUCUGUGGGAGCCAUUCAAAAUGUUCCAACUCCAUAGGAAUAGAAUCAUGUCCAUCUGUCACUUUUCUGCAUGUGGACCAAAUUACGCCUUGAUCAGGCCAAUUCUUCUGGAAGCUGAUCUGUUUGUCUCAGUCAGUGUGUUAUAAAGUCUUUUAAAAAUGAAUAUUUUUUAAUCCUGUUCUGAGUUAUUUUUUAAUUCAUUUUUCUUCAUAUGAUUUUUCUUAAGAAUUACCAUUCAGUCCAAACACAGCUACAAGGCAAAAUUAAUCCCAACAUGUUUUUCUUUGUUUGUUGUUUUUGUUAUGUGAAAGUAAUGAUCCUCAGAUGAAAGGCUGCAAGUUUUAUGAGGGCUUUAAUCACAGAGAAACAAAUAAAAACCAGACAAGCUUCUGCUGGACUCGAUCACAGUGGUGUGCUCUUUCUGUACGGCUUAACUUUGUGCCUUUAUACCAAGAAUCUCAACAUUUUACAGGGUUAUCUUAUGAGUGGUAAGGAAAACACAUUGAGCUUUUUGUACAAGAUGAAUUGGAAACAGAACCCAUUUCUCAGACUCUAAUGUAUGUUACCAUUAUCUAAGCGUAGAUUGUAGUGAGACAUUCCAGCAUUAUGACGACAAUCUUUCAAAGAAAAAGGAAUGGAUGCAUGGCUUCCCUGACAGAACAAAGGAAGCACCAGAGAUGGACCUCUUUUCUGUGGACGGAGGAGCUAAUGGAUGCAGCAACUGGUUUCCCUGCAGGCUGCAGCUGCAGACAGAGGAUGAAGCUUCUGAUCCUUUAAAGUGAUGUUCCACAUGUGCACUCAAGUGGAACGGCCUGCGCAGAUUUAAGCAAACACCAGACACCAUGUGUGACUGGCUGUGUGUGGAAGGUGAAAGAAUGCCAUGGACAGGCAUCAUUUGUGUCAACUUACAGAGAAUUAAGAGUCCAAAUAAAGCUGCUGAGAUCUCUGCAUACAAA